GGCACAUUGGUGGUGGAAGGGAAGGCGGCCUCUGACAUCGUUCCCCACCCACACUGCCCGACAGGGACGCUGCAGGUCCGCCUCCUGGGCUGCGAGCAGCUGCUGACAGCUGUGCCUGGACGCCUGCCGGUGGCCGCACUGGCCAGCGGCCCCUCCGAGGGCUGGCUUCGGGCCAGGACCAAGCAGCUACGUGGUGGAGGCGAGCUGGCCAAUGAGGUGCUGGCCGUGCUCAAGGUGGACAAUCGCGUCGUGGGCCAGACGGGCUGGGGACAGGUGGCCGAGCAGUCCUGGGACCAGACCUUCAUCAUCGUGCUGGAGCGAGCCCGCGAGCUGGAGAUCGGGGUUCACUGGCGGGAUUGGCGACAGCUGUGUGGCGUGGCCUUCCUGAGGCUUGAGGACUUCCUGGACAAUGCCUGUCACCAGCUGUCCCUCAGUCUGGUGCCGCAGGGGCUGCUCUUUGCACAGGUGACCUUCUGUGAUCCUGUCAUCGAGAGGCGGCCCCGGCUGCAGAGGCAGAAACGCGUCUUCUCCAAACGCAGAGGCCAGGACUUCCUGAGGGCUUCCCAGAUGAACCUCAGCAUGGCAGCUUGGGGGCGCCUGGUCAUGAGCCUCCUCCCCCCCUGCAGUUCCCCAAGCACGAUCAGUCCCCCCAGAGGGUGCCCUCAGACCCCGAAGAUGCCCCGGGAGGCCUCUGAGCCCGCCUCCCCCAGUAGCUUCCUGCCCAAGAAGACCCCCUUGGGAGAAGAGAUGGAUCCCCCACCCAAGCCCCCGCGCCUCUACCUGCCCCAGGAGCCAACCCCCGAGGAGACUCCACGUACUAAACGUCCCCACAUGGAGCCCAGGACUGGACACGGGCCGCCUCCACCAGCCUUCCCUGCCAGGAAACCUCUCCGGCUCCAGGACUUCCGCUGCUUGGCUGUGCUGGGCCGGGGACACUUUGGGAAGGUCCUCCUUGUCCAGUUCAAAGGGACCGGGAAGUACUACGCCAUUAAAGCGCUGAAGAAGCAGGAGGUGCUUGGCCGGGAUGAGAUAGAGAGCCUGUACUGCGAGAAGCGGAUCCUGGAGACUGUGGGCCGCACGGGGCACCCUUUCCUGCUCUCUCUCCUCGCCUGCUUCCAGACCUCCAGCCACGCCUGUUUCGUGACUGAGUUUGUGCCCGGUGGUGACCUCAUGAUGCACAUUCACGAGGACGUGUUCCCUGAGCCCCAGGCCCGCUUCUACUUGGCCUGCGUGAUCCUGGGGCUGCAGUUCUUACACGAGAAGAAGAUCAUUUAUAGGGACCUGAAGCUGGAUAAUCUUCUGCUGGAUGCUCAGGGUUUCCUGAAGAUCGCAGACUUUGGGCUGUGCAAGGAAGGGAUUGGCUUUGGGGACCGGACGAGCACCUUCUGUGGCACCCCGGAGUUCCUGGCCCCUGAGGUGCUGACCCAGGAGGCAUACACACGGGCCGUGGACUGGUGGGGGCUGGGCGUGCUGCUCUAUGAGAUGCUCGUGGGCGAGUGCCCGUUCCCAGGGGACACUGAGGAGGAGGUGUUUGACUGCAUCGUCAAUUCAGAUGCUCCGUACCCCCACUUUCUGUCAGCACAAGGGCUGGAGCUCAUUCAGAAGCUCCUCCAGAAGUGCCCAGAGAAGCGCCUGGGGGCGGGUGAGCAGGACGCAGAGGAGAUCAAGAUCCAGCCAUUCUUCAGGACCACCGACUGGCAGGCCCUGCUCUCCCGCGCCGUCCAGCCCCCCUUCGUGCCCACCGUCUGCGGCCCCUCGGACCUGCGCUACUUCGAGGGCGAGUUCACGGGGUUGCCGCCUGCCCUGACCCCGCCUGCGCCCCACAGGCCCCUCACUGCUCGGCAGCAGGCCGCCUUCCGGAACUUUGACUUUGUGUCGGAGCGAUUCCUGGAGCCCUGAGGGCCUCUCCUGGCCCUUCCACCUGGCCCCCCCGAGACUUUGAGAGUCUGUUGGCGUCCUGCGGAAGCUGGCCCGGGCCUUGCCUGGUAUUUAUGAGCCCGUGGGACUCGGGGUGGCAGCCAUGGGGCUGCUGCAUGGGCUUGGCCCAGCGUCGCUGAGCCAAGUGUGUCCCCUCCCCCUUCCAGCGAGACCUAACCCAGAAAGGGGGCCGCAUGAGGAGUGGUUUGGUCUGUCUUUUUAAUACUUGACUUGCUCUGUGGAUUAUUAAAUGGGUAAAAGUGCA